AUGAAAAUCACCAUCAGAUUGUCCACCGAGGCGUCCUACUCCGUGACCGUCUCUGACGCCUGCACUGUGGACGAGCUCCUCCAGUUGGCUCGUGCCAGCUGUCCGGAUGCCACCAAAUUACCCGCCAGUUUCAAGCUCAUACACAACGGAGAGCGGUUGGCGCCUGGCGACCAGCACAUCCUGCAUUGGAUGGCGCCGGACGCCGACGCCACCGUCAUCCUCAUGAGCGAGGGCUGCGACAACCCCCUUGGAGCCACCGCUGGCGCAGGCGCUGCGGGCGUCUCCCACACCACGGCGCCAGCCAAGAAGCGCAAGGCCAGGUGUACGUUCCAGACGUGCAAGGCGUUGCCGUUGCGCAACGUCGGACUGUGCAGCUACUGUUCCGGCAAGUUCUGCGCCAAGCACCGCCUUUUGGAAGACCACAUCUGCCAGGGCCUCCAGCACUGCAAGGACAAUGCACACGAGAAGAACGCCAUGAAGUUGCAGAGCGAGAAGACCAUUGCCAGCAGAGUAUAG